AUGGCGGCGUUAAUAAUGCCGAGCUUAGCAAACGUGACAGUGUGCACGUGGAAACCACCAUGUCUGUCACGAGUGGCCGGUCUCGGAGCUGUCGUGGUCAGAUCGGAGGGCUGCUUAAUAAUAUUCUGUUUUCCUUUGGUGAGAUCCAGCGGAAGAAGAAGAAGCCUCGACUCCUGGCUCGACUUGUUCAAAGAUGCGAUCCACUCUUUCUUUUUCGUUGCCCGCGAUCUACCCGACGAGGCCGCUCGUCAGGCCGUCGAGUAUCUCGGCUGCAACUUCUCGUUGGGAGAUCUGCAGGGCGUGCCCCCCGCCUCUCCCGCUCUCCUGUUUGUCGUCGAUUUCAAGACCAAGGGAAUAGCCGAUGACGGAGGAUUCCGAAGCGAUGACUACCUCUUAUGGCGUCUCAAGCAGAAAUUCAGGUUUCCCGACAACGAAGAGCACGAGCUAGUGACCGUACACCCUCCUGCCGCAGAGAUGGUCUACGGGUUCCAAAGCGACGAUGGCGAAUGCUGCUCGGUUUGUUCCACAGGGUUUGUCGCCGAGGGAGACGGAGAGGUGGCCGUGCUCCGGACAAUCUGCGGCCAUGUCUUCCAUGGCGGUUGCAUCGCUCGUGCUUUGGCCCAACACAACUCCUGCCCUGUCUGCUCCGCAAGUUUUCCACACCCCAUCGACAUCCGAACUACUCUGCUUUCUUAG